AUGUUGUACCACUUUCUUCCAAAAGUGACUGAACCUCUGGAACCAAGCUUGGAACCUUUGGUUCUAGUUCAAGCUAGCUUCUUUGAAUGUGGCGGAUUGGCCAUUGGUGUGUGUGUUUCCCACAAGGUAGCCGAUGCAGCCACGACUAGCAUGUUCAUAAAUAGUUGGGUUGGCGCGGCUCUUGCCGCGUCUGGUGAGGCAGUGCUGCCUCCGGAAUUCAGUGCCGCAUCUCGCAUACCUCCGAGAAUACAGCAUACCUUGCAACCACUAGCCAUCAGCUUGGCGAGCGAGAUGGCUGUUUCAAGGAGGUACGUGUUUGAUGCACCAAAGAUUGAUGAUCUCAAGGCAAAAGCCGCCAGCGACAACGUUCUACAGCCCACACGCGCUGAAGCAGUCUCUUCUCUUAUUUGGAAAUGUGCAAUAACUGUCUCAAGAUCUAAAAGCCAAUUUCUAUUGCCAUCUAGAUUGAACCAAGCGGUGAACAUCCGCGAAAGGCUUACUCCACCCUUUCCUAAAAAUUGA